AUGACUAUCGUCGCCGCCGUCACCCACUUCCGCCGCCGCCACCACCACCACCACCCACCUCCACCCCAGCUGUCUCCCGCCACCACCCACCUCCACCCUAGUCGUCACCCACCUCCGCCGCUACCAACCGUCACCCACCAUCCACACCUCCGCCCCCGCCGUCACUCGCCACCACCCACCACCCCCGACACUACCGUGCCACAGCUGCCACCCACCCCGCCUCCAUCGUCAGCCGCCACCCACCUCCACCACCGACCACCACUGGCGUCGUCACCUACCACCGUCCCCGUCACCCACCACCAUUGUCGUCGCCGCAACCUACCUCUGCCACCGCCCACCGCUGCCACCACCUCCGACCAUCGCUACCAUUGCCACCUAUCACCACCCACCACCACCGACUACCGUCACUCAUCACCGAUUUUAUUCCUUCGUCUAUUCUUUCCUACCAAACAACACAAAGAAAUAAGAAGGAGGAAGGAGCAAGUCACUCUAAGGCACAAGGAGCUCAGGAUCACGAAAACGGAUAAGCGACAUAAUAGUGACGGAUGUAUAAUGACCACUCAAGCGGGAUAA